UGCCACAUGGCAUGCCAAGAAAGGAAUAAAAUGAAAAACUCAAUUUAAACAAUGACCAAUAAACAAACAAACAGUUUUUCACUGAUUCCAAAACAAUAUGCGAAGACGAAAGGUAGAACGUCUGGCAUUAUUGGAUCAGGUGAACAACGCUAACAGCAAGGUCUUCCUGAAAAUGUAAAACAAAUCGACAUGGGAAUGAAAAAAGUCAUUCAUUAAAUAUUAGUCUUUGUUUCUUUUUCAUAGUUAUUACGUUACUUCUCAACUUCACACACAUUUUUAUUCACGUGUUCUCUCGCAAGUCGCCCCCUUUGAUCACGUCUGACGUCAUAAAGACGAACCAUUGGGCGAUGCAACUUUGUUAAUCAUUCUGAUGCAGACGCCCAGCUGGCUCAACGCUCCCAGAAGCUUCUGAAUGUCCUGAGGAAAUAAUACUGUCCGGUGACUAAAAACGAGCAGACGGUCGCUUCUGUGCGGGAUGCGGUGGUCGGAUUCAGGACUCGUUUCACAUGAAAGUCCUCCAAGACUCCUGGCACCACGCCUGCUUUCAGUGCUCUGUGUGCUGUGAUCACCUGACAAACUGGUACUACGAGAAAGCUGGGAAACUGUACUGUCGCAAACACUACUGGGAAAAGUUUGGAGAGCUCUGCCAUGGUUGCUCCCUGCUCAUGACUGGACCUGCCAUGGUGGCAGGUGAACACAAGUAUCACCCCGAGUGCUUUGUUUGUUUGAGCUGCAAGGUGGUCAUCGAGGAGAGGGACACCUACGCCUUGGUGGAGAGAUCCAAACUCUACUGUGGAAAGUGCUACAAGCAGGUGGUUCUUACACCCAUGUUGGAGAAGCGUUCGCACGACUCAGUCCUCGACUCCCUGCCCCACACCGUCACACUUGUUUCCAUGCCCUCCGCCGCCAAUGGCAAGAGAGGGUUUUCGGUGUCUGUGAUUCGGGACGUCAAUGGAUCCGCAAGUGUUCAAGUCAAAGAAGUGAGGGGGAUGCUUAUUAGUCCAGAGGUGCGGAAUGCCAUCCAUGUUGGAGACAGAAUCCUGGAGAUUAAUGGCCUUCCAGUGGGAACCUUGCUGGAGGAGGAGGUGGACGAUCUGAUUCACUGCACGAGUCACACCCUUCAGCUGCUGAUUGAAUACGACCCAGUCAGGCAGCGUUUGGACCGGCUGAGGCUCAGCUCACCUGGGAAUCACCACGGGGUCCCAGCAACCUCCCGCAUGCGUCUGUCCUCACCGUCUAAUGCCGUCCUGGAACGCACCGACGCUGAUGAUGGCACGCUCAAGCGCCGCUCGCUGCGGCGCAGUAACAGCAUAUGCAAGUCUCCAGGACCGAAUUCUCCCAAAGAGUUGCCCUUCAUCACGCGGGAUAUUGGACGCUCUGAAUCGCUGAGGUCGUCGAAUAGCUGCUCACAUCGAAUCUUCAGACCAUGUGACCUCAUUCAUGGGGAGGUUCUGGGGAAGGGCUUCUUUGGGCAGGCCAUUAAGGUGACUCACAAAGCCACUGGAGAAGUGAUGGUGAUGAAGGAGCUGAUCCGCUGUGAUGAGGAGACUCAGAAAACCUUCCUUAAAGAGGUCAAAGUCAUGCGCUGCCUUGACCAUCCUCACGUCCUGAAGUUCAUUGGUGUCCUCUACAAGGACAAGAAGCUGAACCUGAUCACCGAGUACAUCGAAGGAGGCACGCUCAAGGAUUUCAUCCGAGACACUGACCCAUUUCCCUGGGAGCAGAGGGUGAGCUUCGCCAAGAGCAUCGCCUCCGGCAUGGCUUAUCUUCAUUCCAUGAGCAUCAUACACAGAGAUCUCAACUCUCCCAAUUGCCUAGUCAAACUGGACAACACCGUGGUCGUGGCUGACUUCGGCCUCUCGCGGCCGAUCGUCGAGGAGAAAAUCAAACCGUCCAAUGAGAAGACGUCCAACAAGAAGCGAGUGUUGAGGCGCAUCGACCGAAAGAAGAGGUACACCGUGGUAGGGAACCCUUACUGGAUGGCACCGGAGAUGCUGAACGGGAAACGAUAUGAUGAGAAGGUGGACAUCUUCUCCUUUGGAAUUGUCCUCUGCGAGAUCAUUGGGAAAGUCUACGCAGACCCCGAGUGCCUCCCCAGGACUCUGGACUUUGGCCUUAAUGUGGGAAAGUUUGUGGAGAAGUUCCUUCCUGAAGAUUGUCCUCCCGCCUUCUUUCCGCUGGCUGUAGCAUGCUGCGACCUCAUACCUGACAACCGUCCGUCCUUCCAGAAGCUGGAGGACUAUUUUGGAGCCUUGUCUCUGAAUCAGGAGCUGGGCAUCCCACUGCCGGGCGAGCUGGAUGAGUUCCACCAGAACCUGAGCCAACUCUACUGGCCCAAAGAUGGUUCCCUGCCUGGUGGCUCCCAGGCGGCAUCGCCGGACUGCUCCAGCACCACCAGCGGCAGCGGCUAGCGCCUGUCCGUGUUUACACCUGCCACAAACUGCUGCACUAGAAACAAGAGGAGAGAAGCUGUAGCCGAGCCAAUCUAGAGAACUGGAGCACCUGAUGGAGCUGGACCAACCACUUCACCAACGCCACGUGGUGAUGAUGGACGACGCAUUUCAAGACAAUAAAUAGUUGUUUUGGGUUUUUUUUGUUUUUUUUAGCCAAGUUUCUGUCGGGGUUUACAAAUAUCAGUGUUGAGCGAUAAAACUGCUGACUGCAGUCCUCCGAAAGCCUUCCCCACCUUGGGACAGAUUCCCACGUGACAGCAGUUGUUUUUGUGCUGCUAAAAUUGGGGUGGGGAAACGUGCGGGGCCCUUAUCGACCACUAGAGGGAGCACUUCACUGCUGACGCCGCCGCUGUCUGGUUGGUUGACACAUGCCUGUGCGCAGGAGGCGGGUGGAACGAGAGCCGCGGUGACAGGACGUUCUCCGAUGCAGAUCGGGAAAAGCCAGUCCAGCAGAAAGAGAGGAUUCUGCACGUUGGUCUGACCGAGACAUUGAUUCCUUGAAACCUUUUGUAGCCAACUUUGCCUGGUUGUGACCGACGCUGUACAUUACGGGAUUGACUUUGUUGCCAUGGAUUUGUAAAUAGGUUUGUACAUAAGCCUGUGAUCGGUCGUUUGCAAAUGGGAAACAUUUCGUUAACGGUGGACGUGGUUCAAACUUGUUAGCACCUCAUGCAGGGUACUAGGACCUGUAACCACUAUUAUUUAUAUUGUGAUAGUUUUUUCAUGAAUAAACUCUGUGAAAUGGA